CAGCGAUCAGCGGCCAGCAAUCUCCGAGGUCUCAACUGUUGGGCAGGGUGGGCGAGUUUGAAGGCCAGCUCAACUAUUUCCUGCCGCAACGAAUCAGGACCCACCCAGAGCGAGUCAACCUUCUGACUCGCCCGCUCGACUUUCCUAUCAACACGUCUCGCCUGCCCGGCGUGCUCCUGGGGUAUUACGAGAACGUCCUCUUUUACAAAUGUGUCCUCCGCAACUUGACCAACUAUCCGAACCAGCCACGCAGCUCCGGUGACGCUUCAGGUGGCAAUUCCAGGGUCGGUUCCCGUGACAUUUCAGGUUUCAGUUCGGGUUACAGUUCAAGCGCCAACCGUACAGGAAGCGUGUCACGCACGGGAGUGGGUGGUGUCGUACGUGACUUGGUAGAAUGGGCCCUGCCGCAGCUGCACUGCCACGGCCCUCCCUGCCCCUCCUUCGGCUCAUGCACCGCCCGCUUCCCCAACGUGCAGGCCUGCUGGAACCCGCAAUUCGUGGAUGGGCCCGAGGACGAUAUCCGCCCCCCUAUAAACUGCCCCCUUAAAGGAGAUAGCGCAGAGCCGCGUGGCAAAAGUACUCGUAGAGUGCCGUUUGACGAGUCGUGCUCGCACGAGGGGGACUUUAAGAGUCACGAGGCGUCCGCGCUGCAGAUGAUGCGGCUGGAGGACGUGUUUGUGACUGAGAGUGGGUUUGCUCUCAACCGCUCGCACCUGUUCUUCCGAAACGGAUGCUCCAACUUCCCAGGAACGGUGACAUACGACGUGGGCCACGUGGUGCAUGAGCUGUCCACGCCGGUGUUCAACUGGGCGUACCGAGUCGGGCACAACUUCUUCCACUUCCUCGUGGAGCUCGUUCCGCUCUUCCUUGUCGCCGCACCCCUCAUGCCCUCCACGCUGCGACACUUGCCCGUGCUCGUCAGGAGUCGCCAGGUGCGAAUGUAUGAGAAACUGGGUGCGCCACUCAUAGGCAUCCCGCCCGAUCAGAUGCGCCUGCUCCCCACAUCUGGAAACGACCUGUUUCAUGCAGAUGUGGUGUACCAGCCCAUUUAUCAGAAGUGCGAAUAUACCAGCCGGUCGCUCUGGCAGUUGCUGCGGCGCCGCCAUCUGCUGCACCCCUCCGGCAUCCCUCUCUUCAACCCCGACUGGACCUACCGCAGCCACCGCCCUCUCUCCGCCCACGCGGCUCGCUCCUUCCCCCCCGACUGGGUGGUCGUGCUGGGGAAGCGGCCGAAAGGGUCGCGACGGGCCAUGCUGAAUUUUGACGAGGUGGAGGAGGAGGUGGUGAGGCGGUUUGGGCGCGAUAGGGUGGUGCUUUUUGAUGGGUCGCUGCCAAUUCUGCAAGAUCUCUUUCUGCAGACAGGUUUCCACAUAGCAGAUGAUUUCAUUCUAUUUUACAUAUUUAUGUUGCCUUGA